AUGGCGAUGACACAACAGAAUGAGGUCAUGACCGAUGUUGACCUUAUGAAUGCAAUCCAAGCCCUUGGAGAACAGGGUCAAAAUCAAGAAAUAAACGAAUUAUUAAAAAUGAUGAGUGACCAUCGUAUAAUCAGUUGGGAAGAAGCUGAAGAAAUUUUAAAUGGAAUUACUUAUAAUACUCCCAUAAAAUCAUCAUUACCUCAACAUACUAGGCCUUCAGAACCUGAUAAUGAUACUGAUAUUGACUGGUCAAUACAACAACUACAACUUGAUGACCCUAAAUUAAAACAGGUCAAUUUAAAUAACAUGAAAAGAACGCCUAUUCCACAACUAAAACGACUUUUAUCAGCAAUUAAAAAUAAUACAAAUUUGGAAAAAAUUGCAUUAGCUAAUAUGGGCUUAUAUGAUAAUGAUUGUGAGCCGAUAUUUGAUGUGAUAGAAAAUAACACAACUUUAAAAUCUAUCAAUUUGGAAACAAAUUAUCUUAGCGGUCAAUUCUUCGCACGAUUAUUCAAAUCAGCUUUAGUAAAUCAAACACUUGAAGAAGUGAAAGCUGUUAAUCAGGGUGUAACAUUUGCUACAACCGCUGAAAAAGAUAUUAUUGACGCUGUUUUUGAAAACAAAGGUUUAAUUAAAGUUUCUAUAAACCUUCGAUUACCAGAAGGUCGUCACAAAAUUGAAAAUGCUAUGAUCAGAAAUCAAGAAAUUAGAAGAAUACUUAGAAGACAAGCUGCUAUUGAAGCUCGAAAAUCAGAAAUGAAUAAUUUAGUAAUAGCUAAUGGGCAAACUGAUCAGCCAUGCAACAAUCAAAAGCAAAAUAAGAAAACUACAAACGAAACUGAUAAAAAAUCACUCGCUCCAGCUAAAAUAAUUAAUAAUAAUGAUAAAAAAUCUUCAAAUCUCUCUGAGAAAAUAUCAUCAUCAACGACUACAAAUAAUAAGAUUAAUAAUGUUAACAAUAGCAAUAAUAAUAAUAAUAAUAAUAACAAUAAUAAUAAUAGUACAAAUAUACGUAUGAAACCAUCAACACAUUCGUUACCUAUAGUAGAUAGUGUGAAAACAAAAGUAUUCAAUCAAAGUGAACAAAUUAGCAACAAUAUUCCAAAGGCACAAAAUAUAACAACGGGAAAAGUUAAAGCAGCUAAGAUGGCAUUGAAGAAUAAGUCUUCCUUAGAACAAGCAGUUCCGGAAUCGGAAAUGAAUACAAACGAAACAUCGGAAAAGAAUAAAAAACAAAAUUUCAACGGUAAAAAGGACGAUAAAAAAGAAACUGUAAAAUCUACUCAUUCAAAUGAGCAGAACAAUCAUAAUGGUACCGAAAUAAAGGUAAAUAAAGUGGAUAAACGAGAAACAGUUCAAAGGUCAUCAGAUAUGGCUUCGAGCAUUUGCACCACAACAAAACUAAAACAGCCAUUAAAUAAUAUUCGAAAGUCAUUAGUUCCUUCUGUAUUCCUAGCUGAAGACAAAACUAAUGGUCCUGUCAAGAGAAACUUUGUGAUUCCAACAAAAAGUGCAUCUUCAAAUAAGGAGAAGGUUUCUGCUAAGCUUGCAGAACUAAGAAAAUCUUCUUUAACUUCUGAUCCAUUAAGCGCACCAAUGCAAAUGACGAAAAAUGUAGUCAUCAGCAAAUGGCGUGAGCAGCGUGGGGUAACUGUAUCAUCCAGUGAAGUUGGUCGAAGACCACUUCAUGAAAGUGAUUUGAGUAGCACAGAAAGAUAUCAAUUAUCAAGUCAGCCAAGUAAGAUUAACUUAUAUUUAUCAACAAAAUUUUGAGC